AUGAAGAAUGUACUACUCAAAGGUCCAAUGUAUAGUAUGGAAGUUUUUAGUUGUAUUGACAACAUGAUUUCUCUAAAGAAUUAUGGAGAUUUGGUUGAACCGCACGAAGAACAAGAAGGUGUUACUGAAUGCCCCAUGUCUCAAGAAACUAAUGAGAAUCUGACUAAGGCUAAAGAACCAAAUGGGAGAGAUUUUGUUUACUUGAAAACACAGACGGAGCCAACAUGUGUUUCUAGCUCGGAAACCAAGUUAACCAUGUGGGAGGGAUACACAGAUUUCUUAUCCGAGGAGGAGAGUGAAUGA